ACUCUUACUAUUUCUGUUUCUGAGGCUAGCUAUUAAGAAUUGAUUUUUUAAAUAUUUUUUUCAAAGUAUAGACAUUACAUUUUUAUAACCUUAAAUUAUAUAUACUGCAGAAAAAUAUAUAAAACUUUUGGAAGAUAAGAUUAUAGAAUAAUGCUUCACUUACAUAAAUAACCUUUUCUUAACCUCAGUUGUUCAGCUGAAUGUGGGGGGCUACUUACACAAGUAAGGAUUUCUCAUCUCAGUGAGAUUUGGCAGGAUCAAGGACAAAAUUAAAAAAAAAAAAAAGUAGUCCAAUUUAAAUAAAUCCCUUGCUCUAGUAUUACUCAGCUUCAGCCAAGCUAUCAUUUUUCAGCCUCAUAAAACUGUCAUGUCAUUAGCAUUUUGGGAUGGUCUCCUUAUAAACCUGACCUUUACAAUGGAUUUUACACCUGGGUUUAAAAAUCUUAAUUCUUACUUUCCCCUAGAGUUGUUUCGUGUACUGACUAAAGGGGUUUGUCAGAUGGGAGGGAGCUAGUUGGAUUUAUAACUCCUCAUUACGUAGCCAGCUUCUCACCUGUAAUUCUUUAAUUUGUAAGCUAAGCGAGCCAGUGGAGAAACAUAUAUAAAAGUAUGUAUGUGACCUUAAUUCUGGGCAGGCGGAUCACAUGCGGUUCAUAAUGGUGUUUAUUGAGUUCCCCUAUAUAUAGAAACUCCAGCCUGAGAGAAGCUUCACUCAGAGGGCUGCUUGAUCCUCCUCUUCAUUGCCAGGCAGUGGGAGACACUUUAGCUGGCUUUUACAGUAAGCCCAGUGAGAAAUACUCCCAAGAUGUUUGCUGCACGAACUCCAGUUCAGUGACCAAACAUAGGCCCCAUGGCUGGAAGGUGUGCAUAACGAACAGGGAUCACUUUUCACGUGGCCCUCCGAACAUUAUUUAUUGAACACUGUGAGCAAAUUAAUCCCAAUCCAACACUGGCUGCUCUUCAAAGCAUGGCAAUUUCAUGUUACAGUCUUGCAGUACCAGAUGCACAGUUUAUUGCUUGGGCACACAUUCAUCUGUAGGAGCUCUUCUAUGUCAACAAAUUGUUGCAAGAAUUCAAAACCGCUCUGUGAAGCAGUUGAUUGCAUAAAGGGAUGGUAUUAUCCAAUAUAAAAUCCAACCCGUCUGUUUGCAUUUCUAAUUCUAAAGUACGUGAAAAGCAAUGGUACUGUUUUGUGGUUUCAUGUGAUGGCCCCUGGCCAGUUAAAAAUAAAUAAAUUAAAACCAGAUUAAAAUAAUAAAACCAGAUUUCAUAAAAUCUAUUAAUAAAAAUAAUAAGCUAAUAAACUAUGAGAAAAACAGUAAAAAUAAUUGAAUAUAAAUAGCAAAAUAUAUUGUAAAAUAUAAGACAAAACAUAAUAAAAAUGUAAUGAAAGAUAAUCCAGUUACAUUCACAUUGCUUCAAGUGAUCAUUCCUUGUUUUCCCAUGUCCAAACACCCUGACCUAUGAAGAAGACAGGUUUUGAGCCUGAACCUUUCAGCUCAAGCCUACCUCUAUAAAUAAUCAGUUUCGUGUAAUUUUAAUGAAUGGUCAUAAAUCAGCUCUCUUGUCCUGCCACCAGCUUGGCUGAUAACACCUCAAGGAAAGGUCAUGGUUUCGGGUUUUGUGGCAAUCGUCUCCACAGUUCCAAUAAUCAGAUACAUCUGCAGUUCUUGGGUUACCUGAUAAUACUGUACAAAGAAUAGCAUCACUGUGGAAAGUUCAUUGCCAAUGGCAGGCCCAUGAUGGGAGGCUUGAACGGACCCAGUGACCUGGAAGAGGUGGUCUUGGGAAGAGGGACCUCAAGAGACCUGGAGGAAGGAGCAGCAAAGUUGAGAUCAGUUGGUAUAGCUUCCAUUCCUGGAGGAAUACUGGCAUAGAUGUACAAUCUGUAGGCCCUUAAAAGAUAAUGAAGAGAUAAAUAACAGCCAGUGUGAGUUUGAUAGGGUUUGUUCUUGCAAAGUCCCUCUAACUUCCUUCUAAAAUAGGGCAACGGGCUUUGCAGAGAGAGCAAAAAUGGCAUUUGGCUUUGGUAUAGCAUGAUACUCUUUUUUUAGCCAGCUAAGGAAGCACUGUGCAGGUGAAAUUACAAGGUGAGAAAUGGCUGCUUGGGUUGUGCUCGAAGGUCAAUUACAAAUACUGCAUCAUUUGUAUUAGUAGUGAAUUUAUGGGGAGCAACAGAGUUGCAUUUGUCCAGUAUUUUCAUACUGGAGGGUGAACGGAAAACAUGCUCACAGUAGGGCCUGAGCUGAAGGACAUGGUCAUGCCAACAUGAAAAUAGCGAAUGUUACUCAGGGGUUAUAAGCUGGGCCCAAAGUCAGCCCUCCCUUCUUCUCACCAGGGGUGAGGCUCCACCUUGCACCUUGUGGCCACUUCUUUGCCCUGCACAUACAUAUGUGCUAAAGAAAGUCUGAAGAGCGGUGAUGGGAGAUCUAGUAGUUAUGUCCUAAGGGUGAAGGUUAAGUGAAUUAGGGCUGUUAGGCCUAGUGAAAAGAUGGAGUGAAGGAAACACACUGGUCAUAUGCAAAAAGCAACAGCACAGACUGUGGGAAUCAUCUCUUCUUCCACCCAUGGCAGAGAUAACAGCUUUACAGCAAGGAGGAGACAGAUAGACCUGAGGACCAUCUCUCUGUGGUAUAUGAAUAAUCAGGUAGCAGGGAAGGUGGCCUGGGGAAGCUGUGAGGUUUUUGCAAGCAGAAAUUUGCCACAACAGGAUGGACAGGCACCUGUAAGGAUGUUUGUGAAAGCAGUAACAUAGUCAUAAAUGGUUUUAUCCAAAAUGUUCCCGCAGUCUGCGUGUGCUAUUGCUAUCUAUGUGUAAUAGCCACCAGAAUAUCCUCUUGUACCAAUGACAUUGUAGACACUGUUUAACCUGAUUUACAAAAAAAUCAGCAAGUAUUUAUUUCGUCUGAGUAGCAGACUCCCCAUAUAAAUACAUGUACUCACAUUUAGACUGUAUUUGCAACAUGACUGAAAAGCACCGAAGAAAUCUAAGCUCGUUCUGGGAUUACGUUCCUGCCUGUUUGUUUUGGCAUGAGAUUUUGGGGUCUGGAAAAGAAGGAUGGGUAGUGAGGGGGAGGAUCUGUUUUAAAAAUAUAUGCAUCUUUUGCAUACCUUGUAAGGCAUCCAGUGGGAGCUGCUUAUAGCGAGGGCCAUAGUGAGCUGUGGAGCACGGGUUGUUGUUUAACAAGCACUUCAGCCACCGAUUCUCACAGGGGCUCAGUUACAUGGGAGUGCGCUGGGGAAGUGUAAAGCAAUGGCCAGAACAUGAUCCUGUCCCAUCCUGGAAGGAAAAGUGGCCUCCCAUUCGGAGGCUGUGCCAAGGCCUUUGAAUCCUGCAAGCUCAAGCACUCAGGUUAGGCUCUUGAAAUCCACUAAGCUCCAGAGUUUCUUUCCUUCGAAAGGUCUGGCUUUUACUAAAAGGGAGAGGUCUGCCAGCAAAGAGCCCACAUAUGGUUUACAUUUGUAGGUUGAGUGUUUAGAAAAGCCCCUCAAUCUCUCCAACAGGCUCAGGAUGGAAAAGGAAAGAUCCCUUCAGCUGGUGUAGUCUUCUCGGUGUAAGAAGGGAUUGACCCAUCCAGGAGUUGGUUUUUACUUAGGAGUCAGUACUUUGUCAGCAGGCCCUUGCUAAAUCCCAGAAGACACACCGUUUUAGUGCAAGGCACAGAAAUAUCAUUUUAUUUCCACUUGGGUUUGUUUGGAAGCUUCCAUACCAAUGUGCAUGUGUGGGUAUUGUAUUUCCUUCCAAUGUAUCUGGUAGCUCUUGGAGAUUUAUGAUGUGUGCUGGGCCUCACUGUUAUUGCUAAACCACAAGUCCCCUUCUCCUUCCCCAAUAUGGCUUUUGCUCCUUCUUUCUUGGCUACUAGUCCUGAGGGCAAAUCAGGGUGCUGUUUUCAAGUUUCCUUUCUCCUUAACAAACAUAUCUAAGCUAAAUAUUUAUUUGCUUUGAUUUCAAAGACCAUGUCUACCACAAAGCUCACUUUGACAAUGUGCAAUGUUAUCAAAAAACUACUGAGAGAAAAAUCAAAUCUAACAGUAUUCAAAUAUUGUUCAAAAGCAACUAAUCAGCCAAAACUAAAGCUUUUUCCUAUGACUGUAUCAUUCUUCAUCUCUGUCUGAACCUAUAGCGAAACAGUCUUUUGCUGUGUGCACAGAAUGCAGCAGAAUCCUUCUGCUGUUUCCUUAUUUUCUGCAAAAAAAAUCAUUUCUUUCCAUGUGAGAAGUAUAACGUCUCCUGCAGGCCGUCUUAGUUACUGGAACCACAUCUGUCUUCUUGUGCAAAUAAUAUUUUGAUUUCCCUUCUUAAUGGCUUGAUUUUAUUAACUGUGAUUUUUAUUCCUACUUCAGUUUUUAAAAAAUGUGACUCAACGUUGUAAGAACUAAAAUGCAUAAUGCAGUAUUAACAUUUCUUACUGUUAGUUAACAAACUAAUAUUUUCCCUUUCCCUGGUCAGAGAAAGCUCAAUCAAAUCCUUUCCCUCCUGCUAUUCCUCCACUAGUUGUUCACUUUUCUGUCCAUGUCUCAGUUAAAGGAAAAACACCCUAUGCCUUCUUCUGCAUGGUCUCCUAUGCAGAGUAUAGUUGCAGUCUCCCUAACCUCAUCCUUAAUGUCUUUAUUCUGCUUUUAAGUGCCUCUUCUCAAAACCCUUUUAAAUCCCACCUCCCUGCUACUUCCAUGAGUGAUUAUUUUAAGGUGCACAGAUAAUUCAGCCUAUCUCUAUUUUUCCCGUCACUGUUAACAGUCUGAUCUAACCUUAUAUUAGCAAGGGGCAGAAUGUGGCUAAACAGCAUGUGUUAUUUUUAACAGUUAGAGCUUAUAAGUAGAGUACCUAUUACAUUACGAAAGGCAUUAAACAUACAGAUUUUGUGUGGUUGUCAGGACAGCUUCAGUAACACUUCACGAGAGGUUAAGAUGCAGAAAUCUUAGACAUCGGCAGCUUUAGUGAGUGAGAGAUUUAAAGGUGGAAAACACAAAAAAGUAAUCAGUGUUAAUGAACACCUCAGCCAAGUAUUGCUAGGAUCAUAAGGAUGAUGUGUUAGUCACUGAUAUCUGACAGUAUUAAGUAAAAUCACAUUGAUCUGAUUAUUAAUCAAUGGAGAUGUCUUGCCAGCGUAGAGCGAGAAAUUGUUAUUUGCAAAGAAGGUGUGACGGAGCCACAGUUUUCCUGUGUACUUUUGAUUAGGAGCAAACAGGUCUAUCACUUUUUGCUUGCUGUAGAGUUCAUCUAGCAACAGUAACAGAUAAUAGAAAAAAUUGGGGAAAAAAAAUUCUACACCCUUGCAAAGCUGUUGAAGAAUUCUGAUCCUUUGUAAGGCACCCCUACAGGGGAGCAGUCCUGGGGAGUCAGUCCUUGGGUUCAAGCUGUGUGCCCAAGCUUUGGAUACGAUACAUGGGGGUUAUUAGGCACCUCUGAAACAGGCUUUACAAAAGUUGACAUUAAAGUAUCUAAGAGGAAAGGCUGAGGAGAAGGAAUUAAGCCUAAACCUCUGUGGAAUUUUACACUUUGCUCAGGGCCAGACUUGCAGCAAAGCAUCUCUGAGGGGCUGGCACCACAUCAGUGCAGAAAUUUCUGAUACAAAAAAAAGAGGAAAUCCUUCUCAUUUUUUCCCCCUUCUCUAACAUACAGCAUAUGCAUACAGCAAUUAAAGAACUUAAGCUGGAUAUUACAGAUUCACUUUUUUCAAAAGGCAUUAAGAUUUGGGUGGCUCUGUAUGCUGUAGCAACCUCUUAGUCCCAUGGGAAAUACACUGAUCUGACUGCCUAAGGCAUGCAGGCCUCCAGGGCUAGCCAUAACUGAAAACGGAGAAGAACAGGUGUGGAUUUUAUGUAUGUAUUUUUGUCAUCAGGGGCAUAAAUUCCCAGUGGUAGAGACAUAGAUAUGUUAUAAACAUACAUAUAUGAGUGUUCCAUUAUGGUGUCAGCCUCAGUUGUGAGAGUCAUUGCCUGGUUUUGUAAGAUUGAGCAGAUUCAGUUCAAGAUAUCACCCAAGGGAAAUAGCAGAAAAAAACAUCUCUGGACCAUAGCUGCAAGCUAGACUGUGGAAACAGAUAAAUAAAGAGUCAAGUUUCAAUGCUCAUUUUGGUGGGGUUCUUGUCUGGGGAUCCUGGCAGGAGUAUAUGAACAACUGUUACAACUUAAAAACCCCAACAACACUUUUAAUUGUGCAUGUUUUGGGAGAAAAAAAUUGAUUUAUUGUGUAUUCUUAAUGCAGGAAACCCAAAUACUAGAGGAGAGCAAGGUGUGAGAGACUGACACCCAAGAGCCUGGUUUGGGGGAUCAGAGGGUGGGGGCAGUGAGAAUGUGGGGUGGAGACCUCAUUUGAAAGGAGGCAUGUGGUAGAAGAGAGGCAGAGCAGGAGGCAGGGAUGCUGCCGCUGCCGGCACUCACCCAAGUACAAUGAAUGAUCAGGGUUUAAAACCUAGUAUCCCUCUGCAUCCCAAGCGUUUGGAAAGGACUGUAUUUGAGGAUAUACUCUUGUCCCACUGCCAAUUAACACCAGAAUGUCUCCUUAAUAAGGUGCUAAAAUAUUAUCUUUCUCUAGUUAUGUCAUGGUUUUGUUAUGGCUGCUUGGGACAGAGGUGCAAGUCUAAAAUGUGUGUGGAGGGGACACAAAAUCUGGUGAAGUUGUGUUUAGGGAAUGCUAAUGCUAUUUACCACAGUGGAGGUACUGCACAGUUGUAGCAUGUACAAGGAGAGCUGAAGCCACAUGAACGUGCGCUAAGGAAAGAUCAAGGCUGAGUAAGCCUAGUACUCCUGAGGGCUGGUGCCCAGCUUCACACUAAAAACACACUGGAGGCAGGACAGCCUCAGCAGGGAUUGGAACCAGUUAUCCCUACUACACGGGGAAAGUCUCACUGCACAUUGACCCGAUUUGCUCCAAACCCUCCAAGUUUGGUGUGUCUUUCUGUUAAAAUAUCACCUGGUACUUCAGCAAUGGUUUCCAUGCAGUUAGUCUGCAGCCCAAGAAACUACCAUGUAUUUACAUAGGUUACGCUGCAGCCACCUCAUUCAUUUUCUUCCAGGCAGUAAAGAGACCCUUCUCCAAAAUAGGAUAUGAAACCUGCCAUUGCUGCAGAGACCCUCACAAGCUGCCACUGGGGUUCAGUAAAGGAUGGAGGAUGCUUUUCCUGGAGGCUGAGGGAAUGCUGCAACUCCACAGAGAGGAUGGCAGCAGAGCAGCCUGGCUGUGUGGUGGGGUGAGGUGCUGGGAACGCUGGGAAACCCAUGUUUUAAUGUGGAUGGUGCUGGAGAUAGGUCUGGGAUGGUGCCUGCUUCACUCUUGGUCCUGCAUCUCCGGUAGAGCCACAUAUCACACCCCUCAUGCCAGUGCAUGCAGCUGUAAGGACAGAGAUCCCAGUACUUGCUUUGGGGUGUCCACAGCCCUGCUCUGAUGAAUGUCUGAUGUUACCAGCUCAAGGUCAGCUUGCUCACCCAAGCGUGCAGGUGCUUAUUUGUUUUUUAACCUGUAAAUUUAGGCUGUUAUCUGCAUUGCAUACGUGAGGGCUGCUCCUCAACUUGCUUUCCUCCAUGUCUACUCAGUAUUUAACAGUUUGCCCUUUUCUUCCAUGGCUCUGGAGUGGGUUUUGGUGUGUCAUGUUGGGGACCGCUCAGUAAAGCCUUCAGCCACCAAAGGUCAGGCGUGCCAUAGAAAUGACUAUUAAUAGGUCUUAGGUGCUGGUUAUGUCUAAACUGGCAUCUCCUGGAAAAAGGUAGCUUGGGUACCCUGGCCAAUGGCUCUCUGGACUGCUGCAAAUGUGCAGGGCCAGGCCAGCACCCACGGGGUGCCCCUCCACAACACAAAUCCUGCAAGCAGGAACAUAGGAUGCAGGGGGGUAGUUUAAGGAAGGAAAACGCUGUUUAGCCACUGCUGCGUGUGGAAUGAGGGCGCAUUUGGUGCAGGCAAGCCCGUGUGCUUAGCGGGUGCCCUGGGAGCUGCCUCUUCCAGCCGGGGGAGCCGGCGGCAGUAGCUCUGCAGGCAGGGGCGGCUCCCCCCUCCCAAGGGGUGUCCGGGCGCCUUUAUUCCGGCAAACACUGGCAUUUAAAAUAGGACUUUGCUCAACCGGGGUAAGCGACUUCGGCUCUAUUGUAUAGUCCGCGCCGGCCAAGUGACGCCCCAUCUUUGAAAACGCCCGAGCGACCCGGGCCCGUCCCGGGAUCCCUCGCAGGGCGACCAGCCACCUCCUCCCGGUGGCCAAGCGGGCCUCCGCUGUCCCGCGGCUGGCUGCAGUGUGGGGAGCGCCGAGCCCAGCCCGGCCCGACCCGACCCCUCCGCCCCCCGGCGGUGAUGCCCGCCCGGGCCGGGAGCCGGCGCGCCGGGCGGAGGAGGGGAGGGAAGGGGAGGGCAGGGGCUGGGGCUGGGCGGCCCGUUGCGCCCCCCCGUCCCCGCAGCGCUGCCCGUCCCUGCCGGCACAUGCCUGCCCGCCCCCUGGGGCCACUGCCGCGCCCCGACGGCCCCGGCAUGGACGCGCCCGGCCAGCCGCCCGGCGGCCCCCGAGCCGGCCCCGAGGGCGCGGCGGCGGCCACCGAAGAGGAGGCGGCGGCGUACGUGGAGAUUCGCGGCUCGCCGCAGCGGCCCGGGGAGAGCCGGCUGCUCGGCGAGCUGGCCCCGGCCGGCGGCGCGGAGCGAGCGGCCGGUCCCGCACCGGGAAGUGGAGCCGGCGGGACCGGGGAUGUUGGCGGGUCGGCGAACGGCGGGCCGCCGGGCGGGGCCGCGGGGCCAGCAUCCUCGGACCGCGGGCGGGAUCGCCUGCCUUCCCCGAGCGCAGCGGCUGAGGCGGGAUGCGGCGCUGACUCCAGCCCCGGCUGCGGGGGGGCGGCAGGGAGCGGCGGGCCUCCGGAGGCGGGGGGCUGCCCGGAGUCCUCCUCCUCCUCCUGCCCUUCGCCGAUGAGCAAGGCGAGUGGCUUUCCCGCAAUGGGCGACCCGGUGUCGACGGAAGGCAAAACCUCCUCGUCCUCCUUCGGCUACGAAAGCGAGGAGGACGAGGAUGCGGGACGCAAGGCAGCCGCCCCCGGCGCCCCCCCGGGCAUCCCCUCCGGCGGCGGCCGCGACGAGGCGCACUAUAUCAGCACGCAGGAGAUCCAGCUGAGCGAGGUGGACCACGACAUGGAUUUCGACGCGGGGCUGGCCGCCCGCUGGGACUUCGAGGACAACAACGUGAUCUACUCCUUCGUGGACUACGCCUCCUUCGGGAGCGACGAGACCCCGGGGGACACACCGACGGAGGAGGAGAAUAGCUGCUCACUCAGCACGACCACCAGCGACCCUAACAACCAGACGGACAGCAUCGAGAACACCAGCAGCACGGAGAUCGUCAGCCUUACCUCCGAAUACGACACCCCCGGCGGGGCCAAGCGCGCCAGCUCGGGGGAAAGCCGGUCCAAGCAGCCUGGCCGCCCCGGCGGGAGCCCGGCCGCCCAGCUUCUCCUAUCAAUCAAAGCCGCUUCCCGGGCUAUAAAUGAGUCUAGCAACGUGCGCGGAAAGCAAAAUACUAUUUACGCUGCCAAGCAUGAAGGCGACAUGAGCCUCCGUGUCCCCGCGGCUCCUGAACGCAAUGCGAGUUUAAAGACGGACGCGGUCCGCGACCACGCGAAAAAAUUCAUCGCGGUCCCCGCGCGGCUGCAGACCCGGUGCGGGGCGGCCAGGGCGGGGGAACACUCGAGCGGCGCCUCCAGCGCCGUCAGCGAGCUGGACGAUGCCGACAAAGAAGUGCGAAACCUGACAGCCAGGGCGUUCCGCAGCCUGGCGUACCCCUACUUCGACACCCUGCGCCCCGGCUCCCGCGCCUCCUCCGCCUCCCUGCCCGACAAUGCCCUGGGCAUCAAUCGCUGGUCCACCUACCUGGACCUCAAGUGCGGCAGCCUGGGGCCGAGAGCCGAGCCCAGCCUGCUGCGCUCCGGCCGGUCGCAAACCAAAGCCCUCGAGUUCGUGGUCAGCAAGCUCGACGGGGAGAUCACCCACGUCGAGGCGCCGCGGCGGCUGCGGCCGGGCUCCCGGGUGGUGACUCUGCUGGACCUCGGCGAUGCCCCCGAGGCCGGGCCGCGCCCCGAGGCGGGUGGCGGGGAGCCGCCGGCGGCGGAGGGCGGUGGGGGGGGCUCCAGCAAGAAGUCCAAGUUCGCCUCCAGCCUCCUCAAAAACGUAAUCUCCAAGAAGAUGCAGCUGGAGCACGAGUUCAAGAUGGAGCGGGGCGAGAUCACCGACACUUCCUACACCGGGCUGGGCGCCGGCCGGGACGCGGAGGCCGGCGGCGGCGGGCGGGAGCGGCAGGGGGAGGGUGGUGUGCAGCGGCAGAGCUCCCGGCACUCGGAGGGCGGCUCGGACUGCACCGCAGCGACGGCGGAGGAAGCGGGCGAGGGCGGCGGCGGCCGGUCGCCGGUCUCCAAGGCGUCGACGCCCCGUGAGGGGAGCCGCAGCCUGGACCGAGCGCUGUCGGAAGAGCUGUGCGAGGUGAAGCGCAGCGCCUCGGAGGCCAUCAAGGCCACCUUCCUCCGCAGCCAGAACAGCGCCUUCAGGUCCUGGAAGGAGCGGGAGGCGGAAAGGAAGGAGGAGAGGGCGCCCGUCGGCAAGCUGAAGCUCUCCCCCAGGCUCGACUGGCGAGCCGACCUGGGCGAGAUCUCCGCCGGCAAGUCCACCAAGAUGUCCCGCCUGUUCGUCCCUGCCAUCCAGCACACACCCCGGGAAAAGGAGACCGGCAAGCGGGCGACCAAGUGCUCUGCCGCCGCCGCCUCCUCCUCACCCACCGCCGCCAAGCCCAAAGCCCCCGAGAUCAAGAUCAGCCUGGGCAGCCUGCAGCAGCCCCGGGACGCCGCCUUCAGCAUCGCCCAGCUGCUGACGCCGCAGAUCGCGGGCCGGCCGCCGGAGGAGGGCAGGGGCCAGCAUCCCAAGCCGCCCAAAGUCGGUGACGGCCCCGACAAGGUGCCGCAGUUCCUGGUGCGCGACGUGAGGGACGGCAAGCACAGAGCCCAGGGGCCGCUCCACCAGGUGCGGGACGUGCGGAAGCUCAUCAAAAGCUCCUACAGCUGCGACUCGGGGGACAACAGCAGCGACAAGGGCAGUGUCGCCUCCGACCAGGGCGGCCCGGAGCAGAAGCCCCGGCAGCAGCUGGUCAUCGCCGGCGUCCCCAGGUCCCUCUCCCCCGUGGUCAUCACCUGUCAGUCGGUCGGGCACGCCAGCUCCAAGCCCACCGAGGCGGGGCCCAAGGCGGCGGGCAGGGCGCCGGCCUGUCCCCCGGAGGGCACCGUCCUGGUGCACCGCACCUCGGGGAGGCUGCCGGUGGCCACCAUCGCCCCCAACAAGAGCGACCCGCGCCAGCCGGCCGUGCUGAAGAUCGUCUCCAAAUCCGCCGCGCCCUGGCGGCACCAGCCCCCGCCGCCGCCGGUCGAGAGGGGCCGGGGGCCGGAGGAGGACCCGCGGGAGGAGGGCAAGGCGGCGCCGGUGCAAAACGCGCUGGAGAAGCUGACGGCGGCGGUGCGGAGCAUGGAGGAGCUGUACAGCUUCAACAAGCGCGAGUGGAAGCGCAAGAGCGACCCGCUGCCCAUCACCGACAGCCACGUCCUCUCCCUCAUCGCCAGCCAGGAGCGGGACGCCGGGCCCCGGCCGACCCCCCCCCGCCGCCGCCGCUGCGCCCCCGCCGCCGGCGGCAGAUAAGGCGGAGGAGCCGUCGGCAAAGGGGCGGGCAGCGAGCGGCUGUCCCGCCGCCCCUGCAGCAACGCCGCCGACAAGGUCUCGGCCAAGGCGGCCGCCUUCGAAAACCUGGCCCGGCAGCGGCAGCGCGGCCCGCCGCCUCCCCGCGCCGAGCCCCCCCCCGCCCCCCGCGCCCUCCUUACCCUCCGCGGAGCCGGAGGAGCCGGCGCCGGAGCCCCCGCGCCGGGCAAGCCCCGCUCCGAGGGCGGCCUGCGGGGCCAGGCAGCGCCGCGCUCCCCCCGGCUGCCUGCGGGCGGCGGCGAUGCGGAGCGCGGGCCGGACUGCGGCAACUACCUGGCCCUGCCGCUGAAGGCGGCCGCCGAGCCCGGCUCCCCUCCCUCCCCGGUACCGGUGUCGGGGGCGGGCGGCGGCGUCCGCCCCAGCCCCGUGUCGGCGGCGGCGGCGGCGGCGGCGCUGUGCAGCCUGCAGCCCUUCGGCACCGCCAAGCGCCCCGGCAGCCCCGGACCCCCGCCCGCCCCCCCGCCCGCCGAGGAGCCCGCCGCCGCCGCUCCGCCGUCCGCCGAGGGUCCGCCCGCCGCCCUCUACCGCCCGCCGCUGCCCUACGCCACCCUGCCCGGCGCCGCGCCGCCGCCGCUGCUCUGCUUCUCGCCCUCCGUGCCCACCGCGGCGGCCGCGGCUGACCCCUUCCCGCAGACGCAGCGCAAGGUGCUGUUGGACGUGAGCACCGGGCAGUACUACCUGGUGGACACGCCAGUGCAGCAGCCCCUCAAGCGGCGCCUCUUCGACCCCGAGACCGGGCAGUACGUGGAGGUGCCAGUGCCCCAGCAGCCGACCGUCGCCCCCGUCCCGCUGCCUCUCCCGCCCCUGGCCCUCAACGCCGGGGCCUAUGGCGCCACGUACAUGCUCUACCCCGGCCUCCUGCCCGCCGCCGCCAUGCUGCCGGCCGGCGCCCUGCCGCGCCCGCUCUCCCACCCGGGCAGCGACGCCAGCGCCCCGGCCGAGCCAGGCAGCCCGGCAGCGGCGGAGGCGGCGUUCGCCGACAGCCCCUACUACGUGGCUACCGGCAAGGGCCCGCCGCCCCCGCGGCGUGGGGCAGCCGAGUCGAAGCCGGUCAUCAGCAUCACAGCGCCGGCCGCCGGCCCGCGGAUCGUCGCGCCGCCCUCCUUUGACGGCACCACCAUGCGCUUCGUGGUGGAGCACCGGUGAAGAGCGCGGGUGAGUGGGUGCAGGCUGCCAGGCAUGCCGGUCGCCAGCGAGGGGUGAGGGCCACCCGGGUUACCCUCCAGACGAGGGCUGUGCUACAGCUGCUCCUCGAGGGCGGGAAGUGACGGGCCGGGGGCCUGCAGGCAGGCCCUCACUGUGGCUUAAAAUACAGGGAUAAGACAGAAACGCAAAGGUUAUGCAGGCCCAUCGGUGCAGUUUGGUGUCCCUCGCAGCAGCUAAGUGCCCCCUUUUUUGUGGCCCAGAGGCAGUUUCAGUAGAAGCACACUAUAGUUGCUCCUCAUGCAGCCUGUAUCUGUGCAGCCCUGUGGCUGGGGGCCCUGUCUCAGUGAGGUCCCCUCGCUUAUGGGGAGGGGAGUGUGGCUGGGCAUCUCCUCUGGACCCACCUUGCAAGCCGUGAGAUGGCCCCUCCACCUCAGCAGCACACCUCCCCUUUCUCACCUCUUGCCUAUUUCUCCCAAGGGGAGGCGAGUGCUGUCUGGCUGCCCUGAGCCCCUGUUUCUCUCCAUCCUCGGAAAGUGUGGGAAAGGGGUCUGAUGGAGGCAAACCCUUAUUUCAGGUCCAUGUCCUACUUGUUAGCAGGAUGAGUGAACGGGGUACGUGGGGUGAACCCUGGUGUGCUCCCCUGGUGCCAUGGGGCUGCUGGCAGGAGCAGCGGCACCCACAGCUGCCUGCACUGCAGGAGGGCUCCAGCAGAGCCUGCGGGCACCACUGCAAAUCACGAUUUCACACCGCUACCCUGAGCCUGGCCUGCCACAGUCCUGCCAUGUCUGGUUACCUGGGCCUGUAACCCAGGGCCAGCCUCCCAACUAGAGGAUGCACGUGCAGAGCCAGGAGCAGGGCAUGGGACUGGAUGUACAGCAUGCGUCAAAAACGCAGUGCGGGAUGUCUUGCACAAAAUAAUAAAGGAAUGAUGGCAUUUUGUUUUAAAAAGUGCCUUCAGGAUGGGUGUUGCUGGUCCUUUUGCCUCUUGCAUAACAACAUACAUCUUUAUCAAGUGCAGUAUUGGGCAGAGCUACCAAAGUCUUUUCGUGACUUACCAAAGACUCAUGAGGUUUGUUCUUGGUGUGUAUCAAGAGGCAAAGAGAAAGAGUGGCAACAGUCAGAGGUUUGGGUUUGUCACUAGUUUGCACUGAGUUUUGUCCAGUUACAUGUUUGAGGGUCAGUUUUUUCUUCCAGCAUUUGGGUUGUCUAUUUUUGCUUCCAUAGUUCUUUUAGUUGGCAUCACCUACUGCUGCAUGGUAGAUUAUUUGUUGAAUGAAACCUUACUGAAGUGAUUUAUAUACUUACUUCUUCUCUGCUUGUAAAUACUUUGUCGUGAAAGUGCCAUUCUUUUGUCCUGGAUAUAAAUGAAAUUGUUGUCAUUGGCCCUUAUGGAGCCACUCAAGACAGUACUCAUUGAAGUUGGGCUCUGCUGUGCUGCUUGAGUUGAUUCUGUCAGUAAAGUCUUGAUAGAAUAUCUAGAUAAAAUGGCAAAACAUACAUGUUUCCAUUUGGUCUAUAGGCUGAAUUCAGACUGCUAGCACAAGGAAUUUUUUAGAUUUCAGUUUAGGGACUUGAUGUUUUUGAAAAGGUGUGGUAUAUAGUGCAUGUAUUUCUAUCUUACAGCAGCUAUUUAAAUUAAAAGCUCUAGCUACUAUUAUAUUUCUCUUUAAAAGUGAAACCCAUCAUUUUUCCUAAUGUGAUUUACCCUUUGUUUCCCAGGGGGUUAUCCUGCCGUGUCAUGCAGCUGGUUUGCCUGUGAUGCCUGGUGCAUCGUUGAGAUGGGCGAUUCUCUCAGCAGAUUGCUUUCUCAUUGGUUAAGUUAAUAACUGCAUCAAUGCUCUGUCUUUUUGUGUUAUGUUGGAGCGCUACCAUUGCAACACAGGUGUGAAAGCUGCCCCCAAAGACUAGUGAUGCAAAAACUUGCAUACUCGUUACAGAAAGUCAUUCAGCAGUUUGAAGACUUUCACCUUUUACUGUUAAUGAUGCCAAGAUGCGUGUUGUCUAACACAGACAGGGCUGCCCCCUCCCUGCCGUCUCAGACCCGCUGAGGGGUAAGGAAGAAGAAUCACGCUCCUUUAAUCUGAAAUAUACUUGGUAACUCUAAACAUUCAUCCUAAAAACUGCUACAGUUUUCUCAUUUUUUUUGCUUCAUCAUACAAAACAAGUGUGCACAAAUUGAAAUUGCCCUCAGGAUGAAAUGCACUGCAAGUAUACAGAUAGUGAGUGAUUUAACAUGUCUUCUCAUUUAUCUUCAUCGUUGUGGAAAUCCAAUGAAAAAGUAUUAUUCUAACCCUUUGUAAAGAGCUUGGCGUGCCCAGCUAGAGCAUAUAGCAUUUAAGCUUAAUCCCUGUGCUCUUCAGUUGUACAGUCUAUAGUCAGAAGCUUUAACUUCACACUGGGAUUUGGGCUGAAUGCCUCUUAAAGAAAAUGAAUGCUUCUUCACUGUUUUCAUGACUGAUAAGUCUGUAGACGCUACGACUGGAGUAUUGGUGUUAAACAAAACAGUACUUCGGACUGCAGGACAGUGCAGGUACCAGAGUAGAUUGUCCACUGUGACAUACAUGUGUACGGUAUGUACAUUAUAAUACUAGCAUCCAUGUUUAAAAAUGUUUCUGUCCUAUCUUUUUCUAUAUCGGUGCUCAGAGCAAAGUUUCACGUUGCAGUUUACAAGAUACGGGUUUGCACACACAAACUCAGGGUUUACAGUUUCACUCAGUGUACUUGAAAGGAAAAAAACGCGUAGAAAAUAAGUGCCCAGGAUUUCAACAUGUAUUUGUUGGAGGAAAAUUUUGCAGUUUUUAACUGCCUGUGGAGGUGAAAGCAAUGAAAUGAGGCAAUACCAACAGCUAUUUUUUUUCUCAGGGGAGAUUUCUUCAGUGGAAUGUGUCAAUCCUAAUGUCAAACAGUGUUUGCUUAACUUUGUCUAUUACUAAAGAGACUCCAUGUUUGCAUCAAGGGGUCAGUUUUGCAAGGAGCUUCGCUUCACAGACCCAGUCCAGCAAAGCCUUCACAUGCAUCUCUAACUUCAGAUAUCUAAGCAGAUUCCUGGGAACUUCAGUGGAAGCGCAAUUUUUUUUUUUUUUUUUUUUUUUUUUUUUACCCAUCAAUGCAACGCUUUGCUGAACUUGGCCCAGAGCACUGAGUGCCUUGCAGACCCGAGUCCCAGGUUUUUCACUUUAUAUGAGUAAGACUGGAGCUCUGGGCUUGUGUCUAGCUUGACCCAGCAGAUAAUACCACAAAAGGUUGCCAGAAAAAAAAUCCAGUAAUAUGGUGCUCCUCCAUGUAUACCUAGUGGUGAUUUCUCCAGCCAAUGGGGUGAUGUGUAACCACAUAUCUUGGAUUAGAGUCAAGCCCUCCGCAUCAGGGUUCACAAGCUGCUAGUAUUAUAUGUUUCAUGGUGCAGUCAUAGUAUGUUACAGCUGAAAUUCACCUUGUGUGCAAAGCAGAGCAAAAUCCUGUGCACCACUUGAGUUCCCUCCCAGCCCUGCUGUCAGGGUUCGGGGGCUGCAACAGCCAGCCAGCCACUUCCAUGUGGUUUAGGUCAGAAUCCAAUUAAAAGUUUGAGUGGGACUGGAGUGAUGCAUGGAUGUUCUUCUGGUCUUUUGCAGCAGGGUUGGUUUCACUCAGUUAAGUUUAAUCCUUGGUGAAUCACUUGAUGAAUGAUUUAAAAUGUAUUUAUGGGUUGUGUGGGGUUGGUUUUUUUUUUCCCUUGUCUGCAUUCAAAGCUACCUUUAUUCUCUAGUGUUGAUGGCCAAAGUGUCAUUCCUUAUGCUUAUGAAUUACCAUUAACUUGUGGCUACCUGAGAA